UAUUAAAAUCGUCCGCAUUCAGUACUAGAUAGUGCAAGUUUUUUAGGUGCUAAUAAUGCUUAACGCAUUUGAGGUUGCAAUUAUUUUGGUGGGUAGCUGUUUUUUGUAUGUGUUUAUACGAUGGACGUGCUAUGUGUGUUGGAAAAGGGCGGCAACUGUUCGUUCGGAUCGACGCUCUCAACAAACCAUUUGGAGUGUAUCAGGACAGAUGAACCAUGAAAACAGUACCGAUAACCAAAGAUGGCCCACCCAUAACAGCAAUGUUUCAGUAGAUUCCUUUAUAUUGACGGAAUCUGCAAGAAUGCAGCAAAAAGAUCGCGUCCCACCUCCACCGUAUUCUGAAAUUUCAGUUGAAUUACCGUCAUAUGAGCAAGCGGUUUGUAUGACUGCUCCUAAAAGUAACACACCCGCGGUCCAUGCAGCUUCGAGUAGUAGAACAAAUCAAGAUCCAAGUCCCAGUUAAGGUUCGGGGUAUAUUUAUUACUGUUACCGAUUUCGUAUGUGAUAUAUAAUUUAUAAGUAUACUGUAAGUGCGCCAUAUGGUUUUAUGAAUGCUAUGAUUAGAUUUUUGUUGAUCUUGCA